CGCGCGCGGCCGGCGAUGGGCUCCGCGGGUGUCGCGUGCGCGGCGCGCGAGCCGCUGGAGCCGCUGGCGCGCGAGCCGGGCGCGCGCUCCGUGCUGCGGCACGUGCGGCUGGAGAACCUGGCGGCGGGCGUCGGCGGCGGCGUCCUGUCCACCCUGGCGCUGCACCCGCUGGACCUCGUCAAGAUCCGCUUCGCAGUAAGCGAUGGAUUGGAGCUGAGGCCAAAGUACAAUGGAAUUCUUCACUGUAUGACCACAGUCUGGAGGCAUGAAGGACUUCGAGGCUUGUACCAAGGGGUAACUCCAAACAUGGUGGGAGCAGGGGCCUCCUGGGGACUUUACUUUUUUUUUUACAAUGCCAUCAAAGCUUACAAGAAGGAAGGGAAGAUGGAAAGUCUCAGUGCAAGGGAACACCUAGUGUCAGCUGCAGAGGCAGGAGCCAUGACUCUCUGCAUUACAAACCCAAUCUGGGUAACCAAGACUCGACUUGUGCUACAAUAUAACGCUGGCGUGGAUCCAUCCAAGCGGCAAUACAGAGGAAUGUUUGAUGCUCUUAUAAAGAUAUACAAGACAGAAGGCAUACGUGGCUUAUAUAAGGGAUUUGUGCCUGGUCUGUUCGGAACAUCUCAUGGAGCACUUCAGUUCAUGGCCUAUGAGGAUUUGAAAGAGAGAUACAACAAGUACAGAAACAGAGUAUCAGAUACAAAAUUGAACACUGUGGAAUACAUACUGAUGGCAGCUGUAUCCAAAAUAUUUGCUGUGGUAGCAACGUAUCCCUAUCAAGUUGUGCGAGCUCGUCUUCAAGACCAGCAUAACACAUAUUCUGGGGUGUUGGAUGUGAUCCGCAGGACAUGGAGGAAAGAAGGUGUUCAUGGAUUUUACAAAGGAAUUAUAGCUAAUGUAAUCAGAGUGACUCCUGCCUGCUGUAUUACCUUUGUAGUUUAUGAAAAUGUGUCUGGCUUUUUACUUGGUUUUAGGAAAGAAAAUAAUUAAAGGUAUGAACUUGUGUUCCUAGGAAGGAAUCUAUCCUUCAAUUUUUAUAUUUAUGAUCUGGGAGAAAUUUAGUUCAGCAGUCUUCUUUGACACUGUGAAUUGAUCUGGCAUUUUGAGGAAAGAAUUCAGAGACAAGAAACCCUGCCAGCAUCUCUCCUGUUGAAUGUUGAAUUGCUGCCUUCCUCUCUGAAUCAGCUGUGACUGGUUGAAGCAGAUGUCUGCAACUGUGAAAUGAUAGUGCUGUGACUGGGUGAAGGCAGCUGCACAGCAAUUCCAUUUAUCCUGGCCUGCCUGGUAUAACCCAGUAAGCAGUUUCCACAAGUCUCAGGAUAGCAGUUGGUGAGAUUCUGCUCCUCCACAAGUGGAAAACUUCAUCUGAAAGCAACCCUGGGGCCUGUCAAAGCUUUCUUAAAUCUCUGAGUCUCAUUAAAACAAGGAAUGUCAUCUGAAUCCACCUCUGUUAUUCAUCACAUUUUAAGAUAUGGAAUGCUCCAGACUCCACUGUUUAUCCUGCUGCCUCAGUGAGGUGCAGUUUGGAAGCUGAAAUUUUUUUAAAACAGCUGUUAAUUCUUGAGUUUGAAUAAUUGCAAGUCUGAAGCUCAGUUCUUGUCUCAUACCAGGCCAGACUUGCACUGUGUUUUUUGACUUGGUUUUAGCAGCAGACUGGUGUGCUGAAAGUGCGUGCAAUGCUGGAUGCUUAAUUCAUUUUCUCUCUCUUUCAUUCUCUCUCCAUCUCUCACUGUGCCAGAAUCUGUCUCCAUUAGUGAUACAGCUGACCAAAUAUUACUAAGUAAAUGCAUAUUUGAAAGUGGGCUUACAUUUUAAAGAUGAGGAUUUUUUUCUAGUAAUCCCAUAGUGAUGCAGUGUUCAAGCCAGUGUACUAACAAAUAGGACUACACUUACUUUCAAUGAUAUUCUCUGGAAAAAAAAAUGUUUCUAGUCUAAAAAAAUCCUGUGCACAAGCCUUUCUGUAAAAAAACAGAACUAUUUGUUAAUGUCUUCUGAUUUGGUUUAAGGAAAAGAUUGUUAAUAUAUUGAUUGCUAAUUUACUGAUAAAUUAAGUUGUAGUACAUCUCAGUAAAUUUGUAUAAUAAUUAUGGGUUUUUUCCCACGCCAAUAAUUGUUGUCAAGGAUAUGUACUAUGAGAGUUCUGGGUUUGGUGGUUUGGGGCUUUUUAUUUCUUUUAGAAAAGACAUUAGUGACCUUAACAUCUGCCUCCUGCUGUUGGUAAGAAGAUAUUAAGUAUCUAGUAAGUAUCAUUUAACUAGAAAUAGGUUUGCAAAGGCUAUCCAAUAGUUAGGGGGAAAUCAUCAGUGUCGUAGGCAGCAGAAUAAUCACUUAGAUAAGUUUUCUGUUUACCAGACUAACCUAAAGCAGAAAGAACAAUUCUUAAUAAAAUUUUAAGAUUAGGGACUUGGUUUAAAUUUUAAGUUAAAAUCUGGAAAGCCAUAGAAACUCAGUAUUUUGAAUCUUCAUUCAGUGAUCCACUUACUUGUUUUGUAGAUACUGUUGCCACAUACCACAUUUUGUGUAUCACUGAAUUUAUUAAUAAUCUACACUUUCUCUUCCAUAAUCCCAUCCCUUCUACUGAUAGAGCUGAUAAUCUCAUCAGAAAGAAUCAUCUCAUCUGGAGAUUGUGGUAGCACAUUUAUCUCUCAGGAUUUUUCAGAGAGGUGCACAGAGAGACAGAAAGAGAAAAUAAUUUCUAUUUCUGCUCCUUGUUUUCCCCAUGUGGAAUGUGUUUGGAGAAUUGUUUACCUGGAAUGAUUGCUUGAUUGGAUUCUGGUGGGGAUUGUUUGAGCCUGAUGGUCAGUCCAAUCCACCUGUGUGUGGACUCUCGUGAGAAGGUCACGAGUUGUGUUAGUUAGAGAUAUACUUAGAGCAAGUAGAUUUGUAGUUUUUAGUAUCUUCCUUUAAAUAGUAUAUAAUGUAUUUUAGCAUAAUUACAAUAAAUCAUUCAGCCUUCUGAAUUGAGUCAGACAUCUUCAUCUCUUCCCAUCAGGUUUGCCUGCAUUCACAACAGUGGAUGGCCAUCUCAUGGCUGGCUUUGGUUUUUAUUAUGGCAGUUUCCGUGUGUAUUUAGCCGAAGAUAAAUUUACUGGAAGUUUCCCAUGUCAAUUAUGUAGAUCCAGAACAGCAGCUCCUGCCUUUGGAGGGUGCUUACUGGGCUUUGUGUGUUUUUUGGUACACAGAAUGAAUGUAAUGGAACACUGAAUUAACUCUACCACCCAGGGUCCAAAAUAUGUUGUGAAGACAUGAAAACAUCAUAAAAGAGAAAAAGCUGUGCAGGUACUACCCUGGAUUAGUGUGCUCUGUGCCCAGAACAGCUUACUCGUGCUUCAGGAUAACUGCAAGGAUAGGCUGUGAGCAUGUGCACAAUCACUCGCUGUAUGUUAGCUGAGGUUCUGUAAGUUCACACCGCAGCUCAGCUCAUAGUAACUUGUUUGUGUUCAGGUACCUUAAAACCAUCAUCCAAGCCAGUGAAAACAUUGCAGUUCUUCAGAGACAAAAUGCCAGCUGUGUAACUUGCUGGCUCACAGCAAAUCUCACACACCAUCUUGCAGUUGGGCAAGCCCAAGUGCCCCUGUCACUGCAGGUGUCCUCCCCUGGUAUCUGCAGCAACAGCUACAGGCAAGAGCUACAUCCGAGAGAUGCCUGGGGGAAAUCGUACAGCUUGUUCAGAGAAGAAAAUGAGAUUUAAUUCUAAAUAGCUGAAAUAGGUUCAGUUAUCUCAGAUUUAAUGGGUUUUUUUUCUUUUAAUUUCUGGGAAGAGUGGAGAUUUUUGCAUGUUGUACAUGCUUUUCGUGUUUUUUUUAUUUUGUUAAUGUGAAAUUUGUUUUGUAAUACAAACAUGACUGUUGUUUCUCUUUAGAAUGUGUACAAUUAAAAAAAAUAUUUGAGUGUGUCACUUGCAGCAUUUGGAAGGCAAUACUUCAAACACUGAAGCUUAUAGUCUGUUGGCAUGAUCAGUGUUGUCACUUUCAGACAGCUGUGACAUCAUUGUUUUACUUUACCAGUUCACUUUUGGAAAGCCUAGGCAUUUCAACCUGUCUUAUUUCUGUAUCUUCUAAACUGUUUAAUACAUCUAGUUUUUAACCAACACCAAAGUGAUUCUGUAUAUCUGAAAGGCUAAAUCCAGGAGAAUUAUUUUAUUGGAGCAAUGAAAUUAAGUGUUAUAACUAAAAUUAUUUAGUGUCUGCAUCUUAGUAGUGGAGACCAGUCAUAGGUAUCACUGAAAUCCAGUCUGUUGAGAAGCAAGAGAAGAGGAGCUUAGAUAGUCUGGUUUUGCUCAGUUAUUCAUAAUGAGGUAUUUGACACUUACCACAUUGUCUAGGUCACAGUUAAGUCACCAGGAGUAACAGCAGAGCAUCCUAUUCUGCAGUCAGGUUUACAGGAGUGCAUUUUAUCAAUGUUUUCUGAAGGCCAAAGCAAACACCUGAUUUUACUUUCUUUGAACUUUAUCUAUAAAGCCUUCUAAAAAAAUCAUGUAUAAUAACACCAUGUAAAAUACCUUAAACAGAUAAAUGUUCAAUAAAAUAAACUGGAAUUUUUUUUU